GCGGGGCUUCAGGGACCAGGUCUGCACAGCAAGUUCCCAGCGCGAGUCGGCCGCCGGGUCCAGCUCCGGAGCUGCUGCCGCCCGCGAGCCCGCCGCCUGCGCGCUAGAGCUCCUCAGCCCGGGACCAGGGAGACGCCCACAAGGGCAAGACCAGGGAGCACGCUGCCUGCACGAUCACCUUUCUGCUGCCAGUUCCAGUUCUCCACCCUUUGGGGAGAGUGUGACUUUCCUUAUCUCAACCCCCUGACUUCAGCAACAGUCCAUCUUUCUUUUUCCAAGUCCUUGGGCCAACUUGGUGACCACGCCCCAUACCCGCUCUUAGCCCUUUGCAGGGUUUUGGUGCCUGAAAACUGCCCUCUGGGUGUUUCCGGUGGCGGGAGGAGGCCGCAGGAGCCUGUCGUCGGCGAGUGGACGGUCUCUGGCCUCGGCAGCCAGGCCCGGGCGGUGAAGUCACUAUGUCCACCAAGGCGCCCAUCUAUCUGAAGCGUGGCAGCCGCAAGGGCAAGAAGGAGAAGCUUCGGGACCUGCUGUCCUCGGACAUGAUCAGCCCGCCGCUGGGGGACUUCCGCCACACCAUCCACAUCGGCAGCGGCGGCGGCAGUGACAUGUUCGGUGACAUCUCCUUCCUGCAGGGCAAGUUCCACCUCCUCCCAGGGACGGCAGUCGAGGGGCCCGAGGAGGACGGCACCUUUAACCUCCCCUUCCCGUUCACCCCCGCCACCCUGUGUGGCCAGGAGCUCCCCCAAGGGCCGUCCCCUCUGCUCAAGAACGCCAUCUCCCUCCCAGUCAUCGGAGGGCCCCAGGCCCUCACCCUGCCCACCACCCAGGCCCCACCCAAACCCCCGCGCCUGCACCUGGAGACCCCUCAGCACUCCCCACAGCCCUCCCCGCAGGAGGCAGGGAGUGUGGACAUGUGGAGAAUUCCAGAGGCUGGCUCAGCCCCAAACGGGCUGACCCCCGAGUCAGGGGCCGAGGAGCCCUUCCUGUCCCACGCCAGCUCCCUGCUCUCCCUGCACGUGGACCUGGGGCCGUCCAUCCUGGACGACGUGCUCCAGAUCAUGGACCAGGACCUGGACCACAUGCGGAUCCCCACAUAGGACCAGGCGAGCCAGGCUGGAAGCCGAGGCUGGGGUGAAUGCCGGAAGCGGGGGGACAUGGCCCUGGCCUGGAAGUCGGGAUCCCAAGUCCUGCUCGUGUGGUCACUGGCCAGAGAUGUCUCACUUUGAGCCUUUGUUUGCCUCCCUCCCACCCUCUCCCCAUGGGCAGAGUACAUCUCAUUGCUUUCCCAUGAAACCCACGAGGACACGUGCAGAACUCAGCCCACCAACUGCUCCUCCUUCCCUCCGACCUGUUGGGUGAAGGCUCUGCAACAGUGGACUCCCCUUUCACCUCCCUUCUGCCUCAGCCCCCUCGGAUGCCCUGAUUGGGGGGCAGGGAAGAGGCAGGGCACAGACCUUUGGUGUCAUGUCCCGGGCGGGAAGCAUGGCGUCAAUGACCGAAUACCCCUCUCCCCCAUCCCCUUCCACAUGACCAAGGGUUCUGGUCGCAAUAAAACCUGCUGCUGCUCAUA